ACUCCAUAGCUUAAACCCUAGUUAGGGCUGUGAGAGGCGAUGGUGCUGGUGCUGGCGCUCGGGGAUCUCCACAUUCCGCACCGGGCGCCAGAUCUGCCACCCAAGUUCAAGUCGAUGCUGGUGCCCGGCAAGAUUCAGCACAUCCUCAGCCCUGGCAACCUUUGUAUCAAGGAAAUCCACGACUACCUCAAGAGCCUGUCUCCGGACGUGCACAUCGUGCGAGGUGAAUACGACGAGGACAGUCGCUACCCAGAGACGAAGCAGCUGAGCAUCGGAAGCUUCAAGAUCGGCCUGUGCCACGGCCACCAGGUGAUCCCCUGGGGCGACUUGGAUUCCCUGGCAAUGCUCCAGAGGCAGCUCGACGUUGACAUCCUCAUCACCGGGCACACGCACCAGUUCAAGGCGUACAAGCACGAAGGUGGUGUUAUAAUCAAUCCAGGCUCCGCCACCGGAGCAUACAGCAGCAUCAGCUACGAUGUCAGCCCCAGCUUCGUGCUCAUGGACAUUGAUGGCUCCAGAGUUGUGGUGUACGUGUACGAGCUGCUCGACGGAGAGGUUAAAGUGGACAAGAUCGAUUUCAAGAAGCCGGCUGCUGCUGCCGGUGCUGCUGCCGCGGCAUCGCCAUAAACAAGCACGUUGGGAUUGAUUGAAUGAUGAUGAACACGACUUUGGCUAUGUG